GAGACCGAGACUCGCGGGAGAGGAUGCGUCGGAUGAUCUUAACCGUCCAGCUUCGUGUCGCCCCGCGUAAAGUCGUCGCAACACGAAUCUACAAGCUCACUGGAGGGACAAGGAAAGCAGGCAGCUGCGGCGGCGAUGACGGUCGGCAGAUCUCCGGCCCGGUUCAAGAGAACCGCGCGGAGAAACCGAAGGAAUGGGGACAGCAUCCCGAGGCCUCCGCCCGCCGCGCCGGAGGAGGCGGCGGGAUGUUCGGUGGACGGACUUCGUCUCCCCUCGGAGCCGGCUGCGAUCUUGCCCAAGGAUUUUUUCCUGGUUGAUUCCCUCGAACUCGCUCCUCGCUUGCUGGGCAAGUUCCUUCGACGCGAUGAGGUCGUUCUCCAGAUCACCGAGGUCGAGGCUUAUAGACCGAAUGAUUCGGCAUGCCAUGGUCGAUUCGGCAUCACUUCACGAACGGCGCCAGUAUUUGGACCAGGAGGGCAUGCAUAUGUGUAUCUUUGCUAUGGACUCCAUACAAUGCUCAAUGUUGUAGCAGAUAAAGAGGGAGUUGGUGCAGCCGUCUUGAUACGCUCUUGUGCGCCCAUUGGUGGUCUUGGGACUAUCGAAGAACGUCGAGGGCGGAAGGCUGAGAAGCCUGUCCUGCUAACAGGACCUGGAAAGGUUGGUCAAGCAUUAGGGAUUACAACUGCUUGGUCAAACCAUCCACUUUACACCCGCGGAGGCUUGGAAGUGUUAGAUGGGCCGGCGCCAGAGAAGAUCUUGGUGGGGCCACGCGUGGGAAUCCAGUACGCAUUGCCUGAGCACAUCACGGCACCGUGGAGGUUUGCCAUUGCUGGUACUCCCUGGAUAAGUGCCCCCAAAAACACACUUCAUCCUCCGUAAACGAAAGUGGUGGAUCCGCACAAGUAAUGUUGCACCCUGCAGUGUAUUACACCCGUCAUUGACAACGGAGAAUAGUCGGUGUGUAACACAACUACUCAUGUUGUCGUUCUUGUUUCUACUUUUAUUAUUGCAACGUUUGCCGCGGCUUGUAUAGCCGAAUCCAAUGUUCGUGGAAACAUAUCUGUAGAUCCUAUAUUUCUUUUGUGAACAUUUCUGUACUUGUUGAAGCCUUAAUGUUUGUUGAAAUGCCCA